CAAGAAUUCGUUAGUUGAGAUCCGGUCCUCACGCAGUAAAGUGGUUGUUGCCUUUGUCUCCUUUAUUGUCGUGACUUGACUUCGCGAUAAUCCCACUCGAGCCACCGAAGACGUCGGCAUUCAAGUGCAACUGAUAAAAUAUUGAUAUGAGGCCGUGAGUAUUUGGAUUAUAUUCAGCAGGUCUCCUCGACGUAAGGUGGAGCGCAUGUACGGGCUUUCCAUCUCCUAAACGUUUGAUGUUCGUCAUGAGUGAACAGGUAUCCCUUAUCGUAACAGUGGUCGUGAUUGGAGGCCCAGGAGUCGGUAAAUCCACCCUGAUCAAGGCAUUGGCUACUGGCACGGGCCCAGGAAGAACUGCUUUCACUUCGGAAGGAGUGGACACCCGAGAUGUUGAAGUCGGGGGUCGCACUGUUACGCUGCGCUUCAAGGAAAUCGCAGGUAGAGUCAGGAAAGGCUGCUUGAACAACUCGGACGUGGAAAAGGCAGACGGUGUGAUUUUGAUGUACGACCUCUGCACAUCUAGCUCUUUCAACGUCCUGGAGGACCUCGUCGACAACAUCAAGGAGCGUUUAAGGGGGAAGUCCAUUAUGCUUGUAGGGAACAAAACGUAUCGUAGUCGUCAGAGAGAUCGGCAAGUUCUCCUACAAGAUGAAGAACGCUUGGCCCAAACAAUCGGGGCAAGUUUAUGCAACCUGGAUGCUUACGACUACAUGGAAGCACAAGAGGUGAUGCAGAAUUGGACAAAUGAGAUAUUGAGCUGCAAGGAACCACCACCUCAGCAAAGCACAGGCUGGAGCAGAGCCAGAGAAGUAAAGCAUAACGAACAGCAGCCUCAAAGAUAUAAGCCUCCAGCACAAGAUCAAGUAAGGCAAAGACAUUUCAAGGUCAUCGUUGUGGGAAACAGCCAGGUGGGAAAAACGUCUUUCAUCACCAGGUUCACUACCGAAGAAUUUGUUGAAGGUCCACAUGUUCCUACAGCACAGGAUGACAUAAGACAAAAGGAAUUCCAUGUCGAACAUCACUCCGUCAUACUGAAAAUCUGGGACACCGCUGGGCAAGAAAGGUUUAGUACCUUACCCCGACAGUACUACGUACGAGCUGAAGGGGCCAUUGUCAUGUACGACAUUACAAAUAGGCAAAGUUAUUUGGAUGCUACCAAAUGGGCCAAGGAAAUCAAUGAAAAAGCCCAAAAACGGCCAGUACUGGUGGUGAUAGGUACCAAGUACGACCUCUCCAUAUCUAGCGAACCAAGUCGUACCGUUACAAUCAUGGAAGGAGAAACCCUGGCCCAUAAGCUUUCCUCCCCCACAAUGUCUAUCUCAUACUUUGAAGCCAGUGCCAAGACAGGAUAUGGCAUUCAAGCGGCAAUGAAGCAUUUGGCCAUGGGAUAUUGCUUGGUUGGAGCAUGGGACGAUGGAAGAACCGAAGCCGCAGUUUCUGCUCGAUGUACAUUUAAGCAGCAAGAAUGAGCUGAUGGGUACAAAGCCAUAUUCUACCAAGAACUGUUUCAAGCAAUUUGUUAGCCAUACAGAGGCCUUAUGUGUUUGUGUCUACCCUAGAUGGAGCCUGCAUCGACUCUAUGCCUUUCUUCGGGUCUGGCCUGUCUAAGUUAGUCAUUUUGAGCAGGAAAGCAUUAGCGGAACUUGAUAGACACGAAUGUAUGAAUACUAUACAAAAGCGAUAUACAGAAGCAGCGACACUCACAGUGAGAGUGACAGACUUUUGAUUUUGGUGUGUGCGCCUGCUCCCAGCCACAUUCGGAGCUCCACCAGGCCAAACAGCUGAAAUGAUCAAAUUGCCAGCACCCGGGUCAUGCUGAUUGCUUCACAACUACAAACACGCAAAUAUACGUAUACUUUUUUUUACCAAAGUCACAAGUCAAAAAGUCUAAAAAGUCUACGUGGCAGAACAGAACACAGUGUUACAGUUUUGGUAAAACAUUCUCACCAAGCAAACCUGCUAUGUACUACCCACACCUCACCUCUUAUCACAAUGCGCCUACUGCACCAACGUCUCCAACACCCCUCUAUCAACAUUCGUUGACCUUAAAUUAUGGGCUAUCUCUAAAGUCAUACUGGCUUGAAUUGCAAAUAACUAUGCAAAUCAACUGAAGUUACUACCCACCUGCCAACUGAUGAGGAGUCCAAUGAAUGAGUCCUAUUGCACCUUGGUGUUUGACGUUCCUGAAUGGAAAUAAAAGCUUGUGUCAUUAUAACUGGAAUUAAUAGAGCUACGAUUCAAGAGUACAGUCCAAAAACAGGUUCUUCUCAUAUGUACAUUAUUGUACUGCUGCUGCAGACCCCACAGUGGGGCCUUGAAUGAACAGCAAUGCAAGAUUAAAGGCUUUCCCACCUUG